AAACUUCUUCUCUCCUCUCACACUAGUCUUCCAUCCGCCUUCCUUCGUUGGGAGGUGCUCCUCAAGCCAACACUCUUAACCCUAAUCCUCCCAAUCCCUCACCUUCCCAAGACCCCCAGCUUUCGGAUCUCCAGCGCUCUCUGAACUCCAAACCCGUCGUCCGAGAACCCCGAUUCCCCUUUCCCGAUCCCGGUUCGGCCACCUCCAUCGCCGGAAUGAGAUUCGCUUUCUGAUCUCCCGCUUCCUCCUCUCCUCUUUCUCUUCCGCCAUCUACGUGUACCCUACCGUUCUCCGGUUGUCCAAUAUAGCAGCUAUGGCGAUCCGCGUCACCGUCUCUCGGAUGCUUAGCUCCUGUUCAGAUGACGCUAAGACAUUCUUCACUGCGUUGACUGUUCUGCUGUUAUACGGGUCAUUCUUGGCAGAGCCAAGAUCGAUCCCUUCGAAGUCGAUGUUUCCGACAUUUGACGUUGGAGAUCGAAUUCUAGCUGAGAGGUUUUCUUACUUGUUUAGAGAGCCUGAAGUCAGAGAUAUUGUCAUAUUUAGAGCUCCACCAAUCCUUCAGGAAAAUGGGUAUAGUUCACGUGAUGUUUUUAUCAAAAGAGUUGUGGCCAAGGCUGGUGACUGUGUUGAAAUACGUGAUGGUAAGCUGUUGGUGAAUGGUAUAAUCCAGGAUGAAGAAUUUAUUCUAGAGCCACUUCGAUAUGAAAUGAAACCAAUGUUUGUGCCCGAAGGCUGUGUCUUUGUUUUGGGGGAUAAUCGAAAUAACAGCUUCGACUCUCAUAAUUGGGGGCCUCUUCCAGUGAAGAACAUUAUUGGAAGGUCGGUGUUCCGUUAUUGGCCUCGGUCAAGAAUCUCAGACACCAUUUAUGUACGAAGUAUGGUGCAGAAUGUGAUGGGAGUUGAUGCAUAUUCUUCUGCAAAUAAAGACUACAUUUGAUUGAUGAGGUGGAUUUUGACCCAAUUGGUUGCCUGGUAAUUUAUUUAUCAACCUUCUGUAUCAGAAAUGUUUGCUUUGUCUUUACAUGUCCGGUCACCCUUGAUGAGGUUGGUUUAGGUGGAACCAAAGUGUGAGGAAAACACUAUACAGCUACUCAGACUGAAGAAGUCCGAAUGCUCAUCGGACCAUUUGACGCUGCAGUGGCAAUGUGAUGAAGCCAGACGGAGGUUUCAGCUCACCUACAUCGUGGUUGAGUUUAUUCCGCAAUGCCAAGUUCAUAUUGUAUAUGUUUGGUGGUUUGGUUUCAUGAUGCUAUCCUCUCAAGUAUGAUAAAGCCUUGACGGUGGAGGAAUGCUUCAGCAACAUGCAAUUAUUUUGACCCUGAAUUUUAUCUCUGAUUUCAGUUGAUGAUUGAUCAUGAGUGCUAUAGUGGCACAUCGACCUAGUGUAUCCUGCAAUAUGAACUUGAAGAACAUGCUUAUUUAAGUUGUGAUUGAUGGGUGUGGAAAAAUAGUUAUGGAAAUGCUUGUAACUCUUAUAGAUACUUGUGAUCUCUUUUCUGCUAUUAUUUGUUUAUAUUAUAGAAGAACAUGGUGGCAGGGUUUGUAUGUAAAGCUGUGGUUAUACUUAAAACUUGUGACUUGAGAUAU